AUGGGCUCACUUAUUGAUACCUUCGUGCCGUCCAGCACAUACAACACCUUGCCUUUAAUCAGUCAAGUUGCUGAGGCACCAAAUGAUCACAUCCAAGAUCUCCAAGACCUCCGCGAGUUGCUGAACAAGCACAAAGUGCCCAAAGGUGUCAGUGUCCGCUUGAUCCACAAGCAUUUUGACACCUAUGCAGGCGAAGUGAUGGUUUUUAACCGAGUUCCAGUCCAAGGACACGGAAUCGUUCAGAUCAUGAAGCCAAUUGUCCCUUCAGAUAGCAAUCAACUUCGAGGUAUCCAUUUCUUCGUCGAUGAAAACAGCUCCCUCCAGGCAUACGAAUACGGCAACUACGACGUACCUGACAUGAGUGGCUUUCAGGCGUUCCUCGCUGAGUUCUGCGGUCUCAUUUCUGAGCGAGGACUGCAGCGCAAAUUUGGCCUCAAGCUUCAGACUGAGGAUGAUACAGAGCAGACAGGAUGGACCGAGUACGAACUCCAUGCAAAGCGUGGCACCAUUAUGUUUCCUGAUGGUAUGCCCAUGCCCGAUGGAGAUGGUGACUACAGCGUGACCACAGAGUGGAAAGGGAUCUUCAAUGAACUCCCGAGAACUUGCAAGCAUACUACAACUUGCAGGCACGGACGGUCGACAUGCAAACAUUGCAGACACUGCAACAGCCAUCCCCACGAUGCGGAUGUCGAAUUCGCCAGUGGAGCUGGGUUUUGCUUGGGUGGACAAAAGAUCCUGCCUGGGACUGCAGUUCAUGAUAUCGUCGACCAGAUUAUUCUCGCGUUUUAG